AUGGGUGAACACUUGCCAUACGCUGCGGAUGCGGAAAGCGCCCUCAAACCCGCCGAACUCCAAGUCCUCCGCUCGCAAUACGAAAAAGAAGGCGAAUACGUCUCCCUUCAAACGAAGUUCAACUAUGCCUGGGGCCUGAUCAAAUCGAACUCACGGCCUGAACAACAAGAAGGCGUGCGACUACUAUCCGAGAUCUUCCGCGCAUCGCCUGACCGCCGACGAGAAUGCCUGUACUAUCUGGCAUUGGGCAAUUACAAGCUGGGGAAUUAUGCUGAGGCGAAGAGAUAUAAUGACAGUUUGUUGGAGAUUGAGCCCGGGAAUCUGCAAAGUCAAAGUUUGAGCCAGUUGAUUGAGGAUAAGGUCAAUAAAGAAGGCCUGGUUGGCGUUGCGAUCGUGGGCGGACUGGCUGUUGCUGCUGGCGUGGUGGGAGGUCUGCUGUUCAGAGGCGCGCAGCGAAAGAGGUAG